GCGUCCUGCUGUCUCGUUUGGCGCCGGGAGAGAAAACAAAUCUUGUCCUGAAAAGGCCCGCCUCCCGUCCCCAUCCCCAUUCCCCCCGAUCGAGCCGUUUCCCCCUCCCGUCUCCGUCCCCGUCCCCGAGCUUCCACCGAGUUCUUCCGUCCGCUCUUGAUCCCCAAAGCAAGCUGUCCAAUCCUGCCAUCUCCUCGCCAAACCAUUAGCUGCGAAAAGCUUGCGAAGUAUUUCUUUGGUUUUCCCUGUUUUUUUUCUUCUUCUCACCGUUCCUGGGCGAGUUCCCUGCGUGUAGACAGUGUGAGGUUGUCUGUUGUUGCGGCCCGUCGGUUGGUCUUGUCGGCCUUUCUUUGGUUUCUUGCGGGGAGGGCCUCAUUCCCCCGCUCUAGUUGACUCACGCAUUCCGUCGAGCACCUUCCGCGCGCCGCCGGUUGGAGCGGAAAUCUGGGAGUUUCACUGUUUCUUCUCUGAACCGGGCGGCGUUUACUGGUUUCUUUUGGAGCGUACCUCCAUGCAGUUCUUGCAGUUGUGUCUGCCCGGUUCUCGUGGAUGGAUUUCAACGGUUGCUACAUGUUGACAUCAAGAAGAUCUGUUGGUGUCGCCGAUGCAGGGUCUGAUGAUUCACUUGACGGUAUCAGCGCAUUACCUGACACAAUGAACCUGGCACAUAAGCAGAAGGUCAGAGGUGUUUGGGAAACUCCUGUGGAUAACCUGGAGUCGACGAGCCAAUCCUUUGUAAUGUCCUGCAAGGAUGAUAGUUUCUCUAUUUCGGGGAGUAGUAAGCUGCACAAAUCGACAUCAGAAGAGACAGCUAUGUCUGGAAAAUCGGCUCCAUCUGAGUCGAGGAAAGACAGAUUUGGAAACAACGGAACAAGCAAGGUUCCUAGGAUGGGUUCAGUGCUUGGCACCGCCGGCAUGCUUGGGUAUGGGAGAGCAGUGGACAUUCUAGACACACUAGGCUGCAUGAUGACAACCUUGAGUCCGGAUGGUGGCUUUAUUUCCAGGGCAACGAAAGGUUGCCAGAUAUCGAUUCUAGCAUUUGAGGUUGCCAACACUAUACUGAAAGGUGCUAGCGUUAUGCAAUCUCUCUCGAAAGACUCUGUUACAUACUUCAAACAAGUGGUGCUUCCUUCUGAAGGUGUGCAGAAUUUGAUUUCUAGUGACAUGAGCGAGUUGAUGCAGAUCGUAGCUAAUGACAAAAGGGAAGAGCUGAAACUAUUUUCACAAGAGAUUAUCAGGUUUGGCAACCGUUGUAAAGAUCCACAAUGGCAUAAUCUGGACCGCUAUUUUCUCAAACUAGAAUCAGAAAGUGUACCCCAGAAGCAGCUGAAAGAAACAGCCACAGUUGAGAUGCAAAAGUUGAUGGCUCUUGUUCAACGUACAACGGAGUUGUAUCAUGAGCUACAUGCCCUAGAUAGAUUUGAGCAAGAUUACCGCUGUCAACUGAAGGGAAAGGAAAAUUCAAAUGGGUUUGAAAAAGGCGAGAAUAUUCAAGUUCUGAGACUAGAAUUGAAGACCCAAAGAAAUUACGUGAAGAGCUUGAAGAAAAGAUCUUUGUGGUCGAAGACAUUGGAAGAUGUUGUUGAGAAGCUUGUUGACAUUGUGCAGUAUUUACAUGUUGAGAUCGAUGUCUCCUUUGGGAUUUCUGAUGGAGGUGAACUGAGUUCUGAAUCAACUGUGGGCGGUCAGAGACUAGGACCUGCUGGACUUGCAUUGCACUAUGCAAAUACUGUUAUUCAGAUCUAUAGCAUUGUUUCUCGAUCAGGGUAUGUACCAGCAAAUUCAAGAGAUGCCCUAUACCAAGGGCUGCCACCAAGGGUCAGAUUGGCUCUGCCAAAUAAAUUAAGAACUUCCUCAAUGCCUCAGGAGCUCACUAUUGACCAAACAAGGGCAAUGAUGGAGAAAACUCUGAAAUGGCUUGUCCCAAUGGCCAUCAAUACCACCUGUGCCCGAGGCUUUUUGCGGUUUAGCGAGUGGGCAAAAUCAGGGACUGAGCGGGUUGGAAGAGGGCCAGGUCGACCAGAUAUGAUCGAGACACUCUACCAUGCCGACAAGGCAAUGACCGAGGCUUACAUACUGGAGCUGGUCGUCUGGCUUCACCACCUUGUCAACCAGAGCAACCGGCCGCCCAAUGUUAAAGAACAAUCCAUCUAACCAAGAUUUAUCAAGUCCUGUGGUCAUGGCACGCUAGCAUUACACAGCAGCCAUGGCCUGACAAGAGCAAGCACAAAACUCUUAUGAUCCAUCUGUUGAUUUCGCCGUUGCUAGGUCGUAGAUGGAAACUGUGUCUCUUCUUGCCUAGGAAGGACUUGAGUCGAUUAGGUAGGAAAAGAUCUUCUGAUUUGGUUACUUUGAGAGGGCUUUGGUUCUAAUUUGCUGCAUAUAUGUGGUGUUCACAUUGUUCGAAAAUAGAAGGUAAUAAUGCCUCAAAAGAUCAUGGCGAAAAACAAACAUGAACCUGUACCGGUGUACCUGUAUAUGUAUGUAUGCUCAAGCUGCAUGAUUGAUUGGUGUCUGCCUC